CCUUCUUCUCUGUUUGAGAAGUUUGUGGUUCUUCUUAAACCUUAUUCAACAUUUCAGCUGAAAUCAAUCUGCUGAGUGCAGGAGCAGCUCCUUUCAUAAUCACGUGUCUGCUGUGGUGAGAUCUUCAUCCUCACGCAUGUCUACAGCGGUGUAGUGCCUGCCUUCCAUUAGAGAACGGUCAGAACAUCAACCGAGAGAGUGACCACCACAGCCGAAAAGCUCGUCAUCUCACACCCGGAUUUUCAAGAAAAGUGGGAAAAUGUUUAGAAGUGUUCGUAUGGGGAAAAAAACAUGAAGUAAACAUCCACUAGUGGAAAAAAGAGAGAUGAGAAUGAAUGAAGGAAGGAAGAAGAAGAAGGUUCAGCAGCUGAAAGCUGACUUGAUUCAUCACUUUGACUCUCAGCUGAACGAACUGGUGGAGUCUCUGAUAGACGAGUCUCACAGACUGGGCUCUUCUUCACUGUCCGGUUCCUCGCAGCCUCGUCCAGACACCGAGAGAGCUGAACUCAGGUCUUCUCAAGCUCACAGUCAGAGUAAACAGUUUGUGGUGCGUCGCUCUUUAUUAGACGAGCUGUUUGAGGUCAAUCACAUCCGUACGAUUUAUCACAUGUUCAUCGCCCUCCUCAUCCUCUUCAUCCUCAGUACGUUAGUCGUAGACUUCAUUGAUGAGGGACGGUUAGUGCUGGAUUUUGACCUGCUGGUGUUUGCGUUCGGUCAGUUUCCCCUCGUCGUGGUUUCGUGGCUCUGCAUGUUUGGUUCUGCGCUCAUGGUUCCGUUCGCUCUUCUCCGUUGGUGGGCCGGUGUUUAUUCUUCAUCACACCACCGAACCUUCUACACCCUUCUCGCCGCAACGCUCCUGCUGCUGUACCAGAGCCUCGGACUCGGCUUCCUGCCUACUUACAUAGUGCUGAGAAACAGCCUUCCUCCCGCUUCCUGCUUCAUCCUCAUUCUCGAGCAGGUGCGUCUGAUGAUGAAGGUUCAUUCCUUUAUCAGGGAGAACGUGCUGCGGUUCUGGUCUUCAGGUAAAGGCGGCUCAGCUUCAGUGGCCAAGCCUCAUCUGAGCUCCUACCUUUACUUCCUGUUUGCUCCCACUCUGAUCUACAGAGACAGUUAUCCAAGAAAUCCGUGUGUACGAUGGAGUUAUGUAGCCACCAAAUUUUUACAGGUUCUGGGCUGUUUAUUCUACGCCUACUACGUGUUUGUGCGUCUCUGUAUCCCUCAGUUCCGCAGUGUGAGCAUGCAGCUGUUCGACCUCAGAGUCAUGGUGCUCUGUGUCUUCAACUCCAUCCUGCCAGGAGCACUGAUUCUCUUCUUGGCCUUCUUUGCCUUUUUGCACUGCUGGCUCAAUGCGUUUGCUGAAAUGCUGCGCUUUGGAGACCGAAUGUUUUAUAGGGACUGGUGGAAUUCGACUUCGUUUGCUAAUUAUUACCGCACGUGGAACGUAGUGGUGCACGACUGGCUGUACUGCUACGUCUACCGGGACUUCCUGUGGAUGACACAGAAACGUUUCCGAGCGACCGCCAUGUUUGUUGUUUUCACCGUCUCUGCAGUGGUCCAUGAGUACGUGCUGGCCGUGUGUUUCGGGUUCUUCUACCCCGUCCUCUUCUGCCUCUUCAUGUGCUUUGGAUUGAUGUUUAACUUCAUCCUGCAUGACCGGAGGACCGGACCCGUGUGGAACAUCAUUGUGUGGACGGCUCUGUUUCUGGGUUUAGCUGUUCUGCUGUGCCUUUACUCUCAGGAGUGGUACGCUCAGAAAUACUGCCCCCUACAGGAGCCUUCUUUCCUCGACUUGCUGAAGCCGAGAUCGUGGACCUGCUACGUCUAGACCAGCCACGCUGCCCGGGACGCCUGAUUCUUUUACUCCUUCUGAUAUUUUUGCACUAUGAACACAGGCACAUGGAGCGACAGGAUAUCUGAUUUUAACUGUUUUUAACAGAAAGGCAUUAAGAUAAAAAAUUUUUUAUAUAUAUAUAUAUAUACACUAUAUUGCCAAAAGUAUUUGCUCACCCAUCCAAAUAAUCAGAAUCAGGUGUUCCAAUCACUUCCAUGGCCACAGGUGUAUAAAAUCAAGCACCUAGGCAUGCAGACUGUUUUUACAAACAUUUGUGAAAGAAUGGGUCGCUCUCAGGAGCUCAGUGAAUUCCAGCGUGGAACUGUGAUAGGAUGCCACCUGUGCAACAAAUCCAGUCGUGAAAUUUCCUCGCUCCUAAAUAUUCCACAGUCAACUGUCAGCUGUAUUAUAAGAACGUGGAAGUGUUUGGGAACGACAGCAACUCAGCCACGAAGUGGUAGGCCACGUAAACUGACGGAGCGGGGUCAGCGGAUGCUGAGGCGCAUAGUGCGAAGAGGUCGCCAACUUUCUGCAGAGUCAAUCGCUACAGACCUCCAAACUUCAUGUGGCCUUCAGAUUAGCUGAAGAACAGUGCGCAGAGAGCUUCAUGGAAUGGGUUUCCAUGGCCGAGCAGCUGCAUCCAAGCCAUACAUCACCAAGUGCAAUGCAAAGCGUCGGAUGCAGUGGUGUAAAGCACGCCGCCACUGGACUCUAGAGCAGUGGAGACGCGUUCUCUGGAGUGACGAAUCGCGCUUCUCCAUCUGGCAAUCUGAUGGACGAGUCUGGGUUUGGCGGUUGCCAGGAGAACGGUACUUGUCUGACUGCAUUGUGCCAAGUGUAAAGUUUGGUGGAGGGGGGAUUAUGUUGUGGGGUUGUUUUUCAGGAGCUGGGCUUGGCCCCUUAGUUCCAGUGAAAGGAACUCUGAAUGCUUCAGCAUACCAAGACAUUUUGGACAAUUCCAUGCUCCCAACUUUGUGGGAACAGUUUGGAGCUGGCCCCUUCCUCUUCCAACAUGACUGUGCACCAGUGACCAAAGCAAGGUCCAUAAAGACAUGGAUGACAGAGUCUGGUGUGGAUGAACUUGACUGGCCUGCACAGAGUCCUGACCUCAACCCGAUAGAACACCUUUGGGAUGAAUUAGAGCGGAGACCGAGAGCCAGGCCUUCUCGUCCAACAUCAGUGUGUGAACUCACAAAUGCGCUUCUGGAAGAAUGGUCAAAAAUUCCCAUAAACACACUCCUAAACCUUGUGGACAGCCUUCCCAGAAGAGUUGAAGCUGUUAUAACUGCAAAGGGUGGACCGACGUCAUAUUGAACCCUAUGGUUUAGGAAUGGGAUGUCACUUAAGUUCAUAUGCGAGUCAAGGCAGGUGAGCGAAUACUUUUGGCAAUAUAGUGUAUGUUUAAAGAGACUCUGAAUCAGUGUGUGGUUCCAUUUCAGUGUCAAAUCGGGUUUUACUGCAUUCCUUUUGUUCUGGUAUUUUGGAUGAAAUUUCAGAGUGUGUUUAUGGUGCAGUUCAUGUGUUCAGCUCAGAAGAUUUGUCUGAUAAUCAUGCUGAUGUUGGGCUUCACAGUCAACAGACCCUGUGAUUGGAACAUCCAUGAAGUCUGCUCUCUUCUGAAGGGUUCCUGAAGACUCCUUCAAGGGUUCUGCCUGAGUCGCUAGGAGUUAAGGAUCCUCGUGACCUUUUAUAGGGAACAAAUGAAGGAAAAAAAACAGAAAUUACAACAAUUACAGACGUUAGAGUAAAGGAGAAAUGUAGGGUCAUGAACAUGGAGCAACCACACAGUGAUAGAAGAUUCAGCACUUUCAUUUAAUCUGAUUCGGACCGGGCCUCAGCUCAGGGUUCUACAAGCCAUAAAUAUGACCCUUUACUUGUAAAUAUUGUUUACUGUCACAGUGAAGGGUUUUUAGGUACAUGAUGAUUAGGGAACUCCUGUGACGAAUGAUUUUAAAUCUAGUCUGAAUGCGUCUUUGGAUAUGUUACAGAUUUUAUGGAUAAAAAUGACUGUAAACACUGGACCUGAGGUCGUGUUGCACUGGAACCCAGCUUCAGAGUUUAUACCUUAAGAGUGUAAAAGAUUUUGUAAAAGCCAUCAUCUCUCUAUAUCCCUCCCUCCCUCUCUCUCUCUCCUUCUGUCCAUCUCUCUCAGCCCUCCCUCUCUCUCUCCCUCUCUCUCUCUCUCUCUCUCUCUCUCUCCCUCCCUCCC